AUGGGUCAAUUGAAAAGCAAACUCACUCGCUCUGAUAAAAAAGCUAAUGCUGGAUCAGAUCCCGAUGAGAAGUGGUCAAAUUUAUAUAGAGAACGAGAAAAGAAUCAUUUAUACAAGUGGGUCGGAGUUGGAAGUGGAGGAACAUUGGUCGCUACAUUCGAAAAAGAAGGCGAAGAAGGUGUAUUACGCUUUGCAAAUGAAAAGGUUGUGUCGAUGAUGUACAAUAACGGCGAAACACCUCAACUUAUAAGAUUUGCAGACUUCGCGAAAUGGAAAAAAACAGUGAAUGUUCAAUUAGGGAAAACAGAGGAAGAAGAUGACCAACGCUCAAAUGCUAGUUCCUUUCGUGAACAUCUUGGUCAAUGGAAAUUGAAUAAACGAGGUGUUGAAGGUGAAACGAUAAUACAUCUUUUACUGAAUCGUGAAGAACCGAUGUGCAGCGAAAUUGCUAAAAUUUUAAUUAUUCGAUAUCCCGGCUUAGCAAACGAUAUUUUCUUGGGCAAAGAAAUGUUCGGUCAGAGCACAUUACAUUUGGCAAUUGUUCACGAUGAUUAUGAUAUGGUACAAUUACUUCUUCAGAGCAAUGCAGAUGUAAAUGCUCGAGCUUGUGGCGGCUUUUUCUUGCCCGACGAUCAAAAAGAUUACAAAGGAUACGCUUAUUACGGAGAAUAUCCUCUUGCUUUCGCAGCUUGUUUUGGCAAUAAAGAUAUUUACGAUUUAUUAAUACAGUAUGGAGCUGAUCCAAACAUGCAAGAUAUGUUUGGUAAUACAAUUCUACAUAUGUGUGUCAUAAAUAAUAGCAAUACGAUGUAUAGUUACGCUGUUCGGCACUGGGCGAAGCCAGCGGAUCCAAAUAUUGUUAAUGCAGCUGGAUUAACUCCGCUUACACUUGCAUCAAAACUUGGGCGAAAAGAAAUUUUCGAGGAAAUGUUAGAAAUUAUGAAAGUGGAAUUCUGGCGAUUCAGCGAUACUACGUGCAGUGCUUAUCCUCUGACUGCAUUGGACACAAUCCGUCCUGAUGGUUCAACCAAUUAUGAUUCUGCUUUGAUGACUGUAAUUAAUGGAAGUACCAGUGAACAUUUGGAUAUGAUUGGCAGUGAAGUUAUUCAGCGACUUUUAGCCCAUAAAUGGAAGGCGUUUGCCUCACGUAAAUUAUUCGAAAGAUUAGGUUUAUUGGUCAUUCACUUGAUUUGUUUAACUUUCGUCGUUAUUCUGCGUCCAACUGAACUCGAGCGACUCACUUAUUCUGAGAAUUUGCAGUGGGACGAUUGGGUGCGCCUGUUUUUUGAAUUGAUGACAAUUGUAAACUGCGUUGUUUUCGUGUUCUAUCAGCAAUCGGGCGAAUUGCGAACGCAAGGCUUCUAUGGUUACAUAAGAAAUCUGAAAACGGCGCCAGCAAAGAUUGUUUAUCUUGGUGCAAAUAUUUGCAUACUUGCAUGCAUUCCGUUUCGACUGCUUGGAAAUGUUUAUGUAGAAGAAGCUUUACUUGUUUUCGCAGUUCCUGGUUCUUGGAUAUUUUUACUUUUUUUUGCAAGGAGUGCGAAAUUAACUGGGCCUUUUGUACAAAUGAUAUAUAGCAUGAUUGCUGGUGAUAUGAUUCGAUUUGCUCUUAUUUCCGCGAUAUUUCUUGUCUCAUUUUCUCAAGUUUUCUAUUUUCUGGGGAAGGAUAUGGCUGCCAAGCAGAAAUUAGGUGAAUCAAAUCCGAAUUUCUGUUCUGUGACUGGUUAUGAAAUUUUCACGUAUUCUUCUUUCCUCGAAACGUUUAUUACGCUUUAUCGAGUCAGUAUGGGUGGAUACGAUUAUGAAGAAUUCUUUUGCUCGAACUACGAAGUGCUAAAUAAAACUUUAUUCCUUCUCUAUAUGUUUAUCAUGCCAGUGAUGAUGAUUAAUAUACUUAUUGCUAUGAUGGGUAACACUUAUAAAACAGUUAUUGACCAAGCAGAAAAGGCUUGGCGCCAACAGUAUGCUCAAAUCGUGAUGGUUUUGGAAAGGACAGUUCGUCAAGAGAAAUUAGCUGCAUGUCAAUUAGAAUAUAGCAUGAAAUUAAACGAAACGAAUGAGUCGGAGGAAAUUCGUGGAUUGAUGGUAAUCAAACAGACGAAGAAAACACGUGCUCAACAAAGGAAAAACGCUAUAGCUAAUUGGAAAAGGAUUGGUCGCAAUGUGAUACACACAAUUGAGAAAAUGGGUACAGAUUACGCGAAGGAAUUACUUCAUUCCCACGACAGGUUACUCGAUGAACCAGCAGUUAUGCUUGUUGGAGGAACAGAAACAAGCCAACGCAAUGUUUGGGUUUUUAUUACUAUCGCCUUUUCUGCUCUCAGAUAUUUCUUAAUGAUUGUUUAUAAUUUAGAAGUAUUCCAUUUUUUUUUUUUUCAGCGACUUUCUCAAUUGGCUUCCAGAAAACUUGAAUCAAAAAGCAGAAAUAGUACUGAUGAAAAGAAUAUCCAUGAAAUAAAUGUGUCAGGUCCAGAAUCUAAAGCGAUUUCAAUUACAGUCAAUACCCUUAAAAUAGAACGAACUGCAGUAAGAAGAUACCUUCCGAAUAUAAGUGCACCAUUCGAAAUACCCAAUAUACCAACAACAGAUACUCCUCGAAAAGCUAUUUCACCACGUAUUCGUGCAGAUAUGUUCAAAAGGAAAGAUAGUCCUGAAACGGGCACAGGUUCCUCUGAAAACAAUGGGAACAAGAAGUGA